UAUCGCGCGCGCCGCGAGUCUCGUAUAAGAGCGCACGCACGUGCCGCGCUCUCCGAGCCUCUGAUGCGCAUUGCAUCUUACUCAAGUGAAACGCGCGGUUCUUCAUUUCCGUUCCGAGAAUGUCUGUUUUGUGCGUUGCCGCGCUGCUACUCAUCAGUAGCUACGUCGCUCGAGCCAAGUUGGAUCCCAAUCCGGAUAUCGAGCUCAAGACCAAUGAACUGGCAACGAAGUACGGCUAUCCAUUCGAGGAGCAUGGGAUAAUCACGGACGACGGUUACAUUUUGGGGCUGCACAGAAUCCCGUUUGGCCGUUACAAUUACGACGACUAUUCUACAGCGUCGGGUCGACCAGCAGUUCUGCUGAUGCAUGGUCUUGGUGGUAGCUCAGCCGACUGGAUACUCAUGGGACCUGGCAAUUCUUUAGCAUAUUUUCUUGCGGACACAGGAUAUGACGUUUGGCUGGGGAAUAACCGUGGCAAUAUCUAUUCUCGCAACCAUACGUCAAUGGAACCAACCGAUCGUUACUUUUGGGAUUUUAGCUACCACGAGUUGGGUAUGUACGACUUGCCAUCGAGUAUUGACUACAUAAUCGGUGCAACGGGCCAUCGUCGCGUGCUAUACGUGGGCCAUUCGCAGGGCACGACCCAGUUGUUGGUGAUGGCCUCGCAAAGACCCCAAUACAACGACAAGAUCGCUCUUGCCGCUGGCCUCGCGCCCGCGGCCUUCACCGGCUAUCUUCGCGGUCCGGUUGCGCAACUUACCAAGUUGACAUAUUUCGGCGUUUGGGUAGGUGAAAAUUUUGGUUAUCCCGAAUUUGGCUCGCGAUCACGUUGGGGAAAAUUCGUCUCGAGGCUUUUCUGUCAAAGUGCUGCGCCUACGCAGAUAUUCUGCAGUACUAAAUUUUAUUUGCUCGCUGGUUUCAGUCCUGACAUCGAUUUGGAUAAGUUCACUGUCAUUGUUGGUCAUAUACCUGCAGGAGCAUCGUGGAAGCAGCUUAUUCAUUAUGGUCAAGGAUACAUUAAUCCUGGUUACUUCAGGUUAUACGAUUAUGGAGACGGCAAGAGGAAUUACCAAGAGUAUGGAUCGCCAGUACCGCCGGAAUAUAAGUUAGAAGCUAUAACUGCACCGAUUGCACUUUUUAGUAGUACUAACGAUUGGCUUGCUACGCCUAAGGACGUUGAAUUGCUAACUAACAAGCUACGAAGUAUUAUUUAUCAUCAAAAAAUCACGGCAAAUCCAUUCAAUCAUUACGACUUUCUAUGGGGAAGGACGGCGCCACGAAUUGUAUUCGAACCACUAAUGCGUUUGAUGGAAAAAUAUCGUCAUCAUACACCAAGUCCAAUCGACGAAAAUGACGAUUUUGUUUUUGAUGGUUCAGCAUUGGAAAAUAUUUGGAAAGAUUUAAACUUAACAGAGUUAGAACAUGUUCUUCGUCAAGGCCAUCCGCAUGCUAAACUAUCAGUUCCUCAAAUCAUAGAACUCUACGGCUACAGAUCAGAAGUUUAUAAAGUUGAAACGUCCGACAAAUACAUUUUAGAAUUACACAGAAUAACUGGAAAUUCAAAAAGUCCGAUGCCCGAUGGAAAACCUGUUGUACUUCUCCAACAUGGACUGCUUUCGAGCUCAUACGAUUGGGUUAUCGCUGGUCCAGGACGAGGAUUCGGAUUUAUGCUCGCUGAUGCUGGCUACGAUGUGUGGAUGGGAAAUGUCCGCGGCAACUUGCAUUCUCGAGAACACAAACACAUGACAACCAAUCAAGCCGAAUACUGGAAGUUCAGUUGGCACGAACUUGGCACUUUUGAUUUACGAGACAUGAUUGAUUACAUCUUGUACAAGACAGGACAGAAAAAGAUCUACUACGCUGGCCACAGUCAAGGGACGACCAUGUUUUUCGUUAUGGCAAGCGAACAUCCGGAGUAUAAUGACAAAAUCCAUGCUAUGUUUGCACUCGCUCCAGUCAGUUAUUCAUCCCACAUGUUUUCACCCAUUUGCCAAGUUCUUUCGAAAUUUGUAAAUCAGCUAGAUGUCAUAGCAAAGUGGAUUGGUGUCAAUGAGUUUAAACCGACUAAUGAAUUCUUCACAAAAUUCUCCGUGAAAGCAUGUGAAGAGAACUCCAUACUAGCACCAAUUUGUAGGAAUGUUUUGUUCAUGAUUGGUGGUUUUAAUAAACAGCAGUUUGAUAUGAAAUUACUCCCGGCAGUUUUGGCUCACGUACCAGCUGGGGCCGGAGUUCGACAAUUCGUUCAUUACGCUCAACUUAUUAAAUCAGGUUACUUUAGAAAAUAUGAUUACGGAUUAUUUGGCAACUUAAAACAAUAUGGUAAAAUAAGCCCUCCAUCGUACAAUCUAAAUAAUUUGAGAGCCCCAAUUGCUUUGCAUUACAGUCUUAAUGAUUGGCUAUCUCACGCUAAAGACGUCGAGAAACUAUACUCCGGUCUUCCAAAUCCCAUCGGCAAAUUCCGUGUACCUGAUGAUAAAUUUACCCACUUAGAUUACAUUUGGGGUAAAGAUGCCAAUACACUGUUAUACUUGAAAAUCAUGAGCCUUAUGAAGCGUUACAAAGACUGA